AUGUCCCUCCAGGGGAAGGCAGCACGGAGUGGCGUGGGGAGGUGCUGGCUGCUGCUGCUGGUGAACUUGGGCGCCCAAGAGGAGCCUUCGGAAGCAGUGAGCGGUGUGGGGAAUAGCGAGGGGCUCGGCCACUUCAUUGCCAGUCACCCCGUCUUCUUCGCCUCGGCGCCCGUGCUCAUCUCCAUCCUGCUCGGCGCCAGCUUCAGCCGCUACCAGGUCGAGGAGAGCGUGGAGCACCUGCUGGCGCCCCAGCACAGCCUCGCCAAGAUCGAGCGCAACCUCGUUAACAGCCUUUUCCCGGUCAACCGCUCCAAGCACCGAGCAUCUUGUCUUCGUUAUCCAUCAAAACGCAUGACCCACACACUUGCUCCACCAGAGUUUAAGCCUGACCAUGAAAGUCAAUUGCAUGCUGCUGUGACCAAGAUCCAGGUUCCAAGACCUGGAUUCAAUUACACGUUUGCCCACAUAUGUGUCCUGAAUAAUGAUAAGACUUGCAUCGUGGAUGACAUAGUGCAUGUGCUGGAAGAGCUAAAGAAUGCUCGGGCCACCAACCGGACCAAUUUUGCUAUCACAUACCCUAUCACUCACUUAAAGGACGGGAGGGCCGUGUACAAUGGGCACCAGCUUGGAGGUGUCACCGUGCACAGCAAGGACCGGGUGAAAUCCGCAGAGGCCGUCCAGCUCACCUACUACCUGCAGUCAAUCAACAGUCUCAACGACAUGGUGGCUGAGAGGUGGGAGUCCAGCUUCUGCGACACUGUCCGACUAUUCCAGAAAUCUAACAGCAAAAUCAAAAUAUACCCUUACACGUCCUCCUCGCUGAGGGAAGACUUCCAGAAGACCAGCCGCGUGUCAGAACGUUACCUGGUCACCAGCCUGAUCCUGGUGGUCACCAUGGCCAUCCUCUGCUGCUCAAUGCAGGACUGCGUCCGCAGCAAACCCUGGCUAGGCCUACUCGGCUUGGUGACCAUAACCCUGGCCACUCUCACCGCAGCCGGGAUCAUCAAUCUUACUGGUGGGAAAUACAAUUCCACCUUCCUGGGAGUCCCUUUCGUCAUGCUAGGUCAUGGAUUAUAUGGGACUUUUGAAAUGUUAUCCUCCUGGAGAAAAACUAGAGAAGACCAACACGUUAAAGAGAGAACUGCAGAGGUCUAUGCCGACUCCAUGCUCUCCUUUUCUCUCACCACUGCCAUGUACCUGGUCACCUUUGGCAUAGGGGCCAGCCCUUUCACGAACAUUGAGGCAGCCAGAAUCUUCUGCUGCAAUUCCUGUAUUGCAAUCCUUUUCAACUACCUCUAUGUACUGUCAUUUUAUGGUUCCAGCCUGGUAUUCACUGGCUACAUAGAAAACAAUUACCAGCAUAGUAUCUUCUGUCGAAAAGUCCCAAAGCCCGAUGUAUUGCAGGAGAAGCCGGCAUGGUACAGGUUCCUCCUGACAGCCAGAUUCAGCGAGGACACAAGUGACGGUGAGGAAGCAAACACUUAUGAGAGUCACCUGUUGGUAUGUUUCCUCAAACGCUAUUACUGUGACUGGAUAACCAACACCUAUGUCAAGCCUUUUGUAGUUCUCUUUUACCUUAUUUAUAUUUCCUUUGCCUUAAUGGGCUAUCUGCAGGUCAGUGAAGGGUCAGACCUUAGUAACAUCGUAGCGACUGCGACACAAACCAUUGAGUACACUACUGCCCAGCAAAAGUACUUCAGCAACUAUAGUCCAGUGAUUGGGUUCUACAUAUAUGAGUCCAUCGAAUACUGGAACACUAGUGUCCAAGAAGAUGUCCUGGAAUACACCAAGGGGUUUGUUCGGAUAUCCUGGUUUGAGAGCUAUUUAAAUUACCUUCGGAAACUCAAUGUGUCCACUGGCUUGCCUAAGAAAAACUUCACAGACAUGUUGAGGAACUCCUUUCUGAAAGCCCCCCAAUAUUCGCAUUUUCAAGAGGACAUCAUCUUCUCUAAAAAGUACGAUGAGUUCGACGUAGUGGCCUCCAGAAUGUUUUUGGUGGCUAAGACCAUGGAAACCAACAGAGAAGAACUCUACGAUCUCCUGGAGACCCUGAGGAGACUUUCUGUCACCUCCAAGGUGAAGUUCAUUGUUUUCAAUCCAUCCUUCGUGUACAUGGAUCGAUAUGCCUCCUCUCUGGGCGCCCCCCUGCACAACUCCUGCAUCAGUGCUUUGUUCCUGCUCUUCUUCUCGUCAUUCCUGGUGGCAGAUUCCCUGAUUAAUGUCUGGCUCACUCUAACGGUCGUGUCCGUGGAGUUUGGAGUUGUAGGUUUCAUGACCUUAUGGAAAGUCGAACUAGACUGCAUUUCCGUGCUAUGCUUAAUUUAUGGAAUUAACUACACAAUUGACAAUUGUGCUCCACUGUUAUCCACAUUUGUUCUUGGCAAGGACCUCACAAGAACUAAAUGGGUAAAAAAUGCCCUGGAAGUGCACGGGGUAGCUAUUUUACAGAGCUACCUCUGCUAUCUUGUUGGUCUGAUUCCUCUCGCAGCUGUGCCUUCAAAUCUGACCUGUACACUGUUCAGGUGCUUGUUUUUAAUAGCAUUUGUCACCUUCUUUCACUGCUUUGCCAUUUUACCUGUGAUACUGACUUUCCUGCCACCCUCUAAGAAAAAAAGGAAAGAUAAGAAAAAUCCUGAAAACCGGGAGGAAAUUGAGUGUGUCGAAAUGGUGGAUAUGGAUAGUACCCGAGUGGUUGACCAGAUCACAACAGUGUGAGAGUGUCUGCUUGUUAUAUUUUCACCCUAGGUCUUACGAAGAGCAAAGCGAUGAUGCUAAUGAAACAGAUUUAGAGUUUUUCUUUCUUUUGUAAGGGUAAGAAACAGGCAUUGAUUGCCAAAAGAAAGUAAAGGACAAGGGGGGGAAAUGGGCAUUGCAUAUUUUCAACCUUUUAAACAAAAGGUUGUUAUCAGAAAGACUUUACACACACACACACACACACACACACACACACACACAUGGAGACUUAUAGUCUCCUAAACUAAGAUCAGAUAGAAGAAAGCUUAAGAGCAAGCAGAAUCCCAUUUUAUUCACACUGCAGAUGUUGCUGGUAUUGUGACAAAAACCUACUGAUUGAAAGGUCAGCUGCCAAGGCAGAAAUAGCUUUAAGCAUUGUUCAAACAGUAAGGCUUCCAGAACUUCUGCAGAGCAGUAGCUCCAGGCAGGCUCUGUGGUUUGAGGUUUCAGUCAUCUCAUCUAGCUCCCCGACACCCCAAGGAGAUGCUUGUGAAAGCUCUGGCCAGCAAAAGCAAGCCAGACCUUCAGAAGCAGACACAUGGUGGAGUAGCCAUCACCAGGGGCUGAAAUCGAGUCACCUCUCAAUUCCCCCAGAUGAGGCAGUUUUGUUGUGUAGAAUGAAUUGAUCCU